AAUAUGAUUUUAAAUAAUUGUAUUACUUAGUUGCUUUUGCUAUAAAACACAGAACAUACUCCAGAGAAGUGAUAAAUUCUUUUGUUUUACAAAUUGAUUAUUCGUUUAAAAGUAAAAAUGAGUAUCCUAAUUUUCUUCAUUUUAACGAUAAUAAUUUCUUUAUCAAGUGCUCAAUCUAGAGAACAAUAUAAUACAACAUCGGAAGGCAACCAACUAUCCAAUUUUUUGAACUACAAUGAAGUUCCAAAUGAUGCAGUUUCUGAAAUACUAAAUUUGAAAUUAAGUGACUUUAACAGUACAUGUUUAGUAGAAAAUGAAAUUGUUAAAAAAAUGAUUGCCUACAAACAAACACUUAAUAACAUAUUGGAAACACUUCAUCCUGAAAAAAGAAAUCAUACACUCAAUACAGACAGACAAUUAAGUAUGACUUUAUGGCAGAAUAUUUUUAACAUUACUAGGGACAUAGAGAUUUGUUUUCCAGUUGGUAUCACCUUAAGACCAUUUGACAAGUGGAAUUUAAUGUAUAGUGUUUCAUCUGAGAUUUCUGAAAGAAUAAAACAUCAAAAUGCAUUUUUACAUGAAGACGCUAGAUGCUUAGCGAGAAAAUCACCAGAAAUAUAUCAAUGUCUUCAAAAAAAAGUAGAAGGCGAAGAAACUUUAUUUUUUACACUGUUAGGAAUACUGGGACCCCAAUUAGGUUUAUGUCAUGAAAACAUUGAUGCUAAAUUAUGUUACUUAAGUAUUGUUAGUUCAUGUAAUAAUCCAAAUGCAGUUUUAUCUUUUAAACAUUUGCUAAGCCCUCCAGGAUCAAAAGAGCCGUGUGUAAGUCUAGAAGGCUUUGAAUAUGCAACAAAAUAAAAUUAGUACACAUAAAGAAAUAUGCUAAAUUUGUGUAAUUUUUUUUCUAUUUACAAACUUUUGGAAAAUAAAUAUUUCUUAUUUCAAUAACGAUAAAUAAUAAACCUAAAUAAAUAAAUAAUAAUAAACCUAGUUUUUACAAAAUCC